AGCUUUUAAGUAGGGAUUCGUUGUAUGCCCUUGUCAGCACUGUCUUGGGUAGAAAGACUGUGAGUAAAAACUUGGAAUGCUUGGAGAGAGUAUUUAAAGGGGCUGAGGGACUGUAUGGUUCUUUUAUUGAAGGCAUCAGUACAAACAUGGACAGAGUAGAACCAUAAAAAUACUCUUGCUUUUCUAGAUAUUUUGCAUCUAUUGGAGGAAAUAAAGAUCUCUGAACAGUAUCCUCUGAUGAAUGCUAAGAGGGUCCUCUUCUGACCCACGGAAGACUGCAGAAGUUACCAAUACCACAGCAGAGGAACUGGGAAAUGCAAGGCCCAGGAUCUGCUGCACAGCUGUGGAGGAGCUGGGAAGCUGUUCCCACUGUGUCUUCAGGAGGUGAUCAGUUGGUGAAAUUGAAUGACCUGAAAAUGGAUCCAUCUUCUACUGCGCUACCAGCAACCAUUAUAGAGCAAGCUGCCUCGCAGCUAGGAUGCAGCCCAACAGACAAGAAACUUGCUUUUCACUUAGAUGAAGAAGAUGAGUUAAAGAAUCUUCGUGAAUGUUUCUAUAUCCCGAAAGUCAAGGAUCUGCCUCCAACUGACCUGACCCUGGUGAAUGGAGAGGAGAGCUGCAUAUACUUUGUUGGGAAUUCUCUUGGACUCCAGCCAAAAAAAGUUAAAACUUACCUGGACGAAGAACUGGACAAGUGGGCUCGAACAGGUGUUCAUGGCCAUUUCAACGGGCAGCGUCCAUGGGCUCAGGCGGAUGAAUGCAUUGUGGACUUGAUGGCUGAACUGGUGGGUGCUCAAAGACAUGAGGUAGCCUUAAUGAAUGGACUAACUGUUAACUUGCACCUUCUGAUGCUAUCUUUCUUUAAGCCUACUCCGAGACGCUAUAAAAUUCUUCUAGAAGCCAAAGCCUUUCCCUCUGACCAUUAUGCUGUUGAGUCCCAGCUUCGAUUUCAUGGACUCGAUGUGGAGAAAAGCAUGCUCAUGCUGCGGCCACGGGAGGGGGAGGAGACCUUGAGGAUUGAAGAUAUUCUUGCUGUGAUUGAGGAGGAAGGGGACUCUAUUGCUGUCAUUCUGUUCAGUGGGGUGCAGUACUACACGGGCCAGCUGUUUGACAUCCCUAGAAUAACAAAAGCUGGCCAAAAAAAGGUCUCUCAGAUAAAUCAAAAUUACAGCGUAUUGUGCGAGACACCCAUCAGCAGGCUGAAGGAGGAUGGUUGCUUUGUUGGAUUUGACCUGGCUCAUGCUGUUGGGAACGUAGAGCUCUGUUUGCAUGACUGGGGAGUGGAUUUUGCAUGCUGGUGCACCUACAAGUAUUUAAAUUCUGGAGCAGGAGGCCUCGCUGCUGCAUACAUUCACGAGAAGCAUUCCCAGAGUAUUCAACCAGCGUUAGUCGGCUGGUGGGGUCAUGAGUUCAAAACACGAUUCCUCAUGGAAAACAAAUUACAACUAAGUAAAGGAAUUAAUGGAUUUCGGUUAUCAAAUCCUCCUAUUUUACUGGUCUGUUCUCUCCAAGCUGGUUUAGAGGUUUUUGGUCAAACUACAAUGAAAGCAUUGAGAAGAAAAUCUGUUCUGCUUACUGGUUACUUGGAAUACCUGAUAAAACAUCAUUACAGCGAGGAUAAAGCAAAUCCAGAGAAGCCCUUUGUAAAAAUCAUCACACCACCUCAGAUUGAAGAGAGAGGAUGCCAGCUCACAUUAACUUUUUCUCUUCCAAUAAAGUCUGUGUUUGAGGAGCUGGAGAAGAGAGGAGUAGCUUGCGACAUGCGAGAACCAAAUGCUCUUCGCGUUGCCCCAAUUCCUCUCUACAAUUCUUUCCAGGAUGUGCACAGAUUUAUUGAAAUCUUGGGAUCUGCAAUUACUUCUUCAAAACAAACAGCAAACAAUACUGCGCUAUCUGGUUCUUAUUGAUGGCUCCGCCAUAUCUUUUAAUCUACUUCUGACUAAGAUGCAUUUAUCCCACUAAGCAAUUCCUUGCUUUGAGUAAGCGAAGCUAUAUCCCAUGCAAUUUGCAAAAAAAUGACUGUGCUUGAAUAGUUAUUUACAACAGACCUAAUUUUAUUAAAGCUCAUAUUUCCACUUUGCUUUGA